AUGAUGCGGUCGCCGCUCACAAAAAUACGAGCGAAUGCGGUGGCGUUGAGCUUGCUCGCGGUGCUCUCGCUCCUCGGGUCGGCAUGGGCAUACCAUCCAAAUCUGCCGUACUACGGUGCGGGGCGUCGAAUUGCCAUGUCGUCCAUCCGGACACUCACGUUCUACGCGGGGGAGCGGACGGCGUAUCGUCGAACGGAGCCGCUGCCGCAGCUGACGUGUGUGGGGUCGGCGUGUUCGCGCUACCAGCCGGACGUGGUGCAGUGCCAGUCGAUGGGCGAUGGACAGUGGAAGUGCGCUGCAGACCUGCCUACCACCCUCCGCCUGGGCCGGGUGGAAGUCAGCUGCGAGGGAUACGACUACGCCGAUGACCCGUACGUGCUCAAGGACAGCUGUGCGCUCACGUACACUCUGUUGCCAUCCAAAACGGGUCCGGACGAUCCGUGGAGAACGUACCGCCCCAAGGCAUCAAGCUCGAUGGUGGAUCUGUUGUUCAAGCUAGUAUUCUGGGGUAUCCUCGCAACGAUCGCGUACGGAUUUUGGCAAUCUGUUAGGGGCCGAGCGCAUGCUCCAGGUGCUUCCACGGGCGGAACAAGUGGCGGCGGCGGGGGAGGUGGUGGAGGAGGGUGGUGGCCAGGAGGAGGAUUCUUCCCCAACACGGGGCUUCCACCACCGUACACGCCCAAACCGGAGCCAGACUCGGGAUCGUCGUCGUGGCGACCUGGAUUUUGGACGGGACUGGGACUGGGCGGCUUGGCUGCGGCCACUGCAGCAUCGCGACGACGCCCCGCCGCGCACGCCCAGCCGGCGUACUUCGACGAAGGGCCGUACGGAUUCCGCUCGCCUGUGGCAGGACCGUCGACGAAUCGGCGAGGCUGGGAAUCGCGUUCCGACGCGCAUGAUUGGCAUCAAAGCACUGGAUUCGGAGGCACACGCAACCGCUAA